AUGAUACAUUUUAGAACAAUCGCCACACUGCAAGGCGGAAGCGUGCCUCAGACAGCCUCGCAAGUAUUUCACUUCCACGAAUCAUGCGAUUUCGAUGUGCUCUUCACGUUUCUAAAACAUGAUACGGAAUACGGGAAAUUGUGUAUCCGUGAAGAGCCGCUCACCCGGGCUUAUACUUCCAUGGGUCGUUAUGUGUCCGGCAUCAGUAUCGAGAAGUGUUACUUCGGUUAUUUUUAAAU